AUGUCAUCACCGGAUCCUCUCAACGAUUCGACCAUGGCGGAGCUCGCUUCAGUUCCCCCCUCUGCCGUUACUCGCCGUGUCACGCGGAGUCAGUCGUCGCAAAGAUUUUUUGCGCUGAGCAGUUCGCCUAGAAAACAGACGUUUGAGCUACAAGUCGGCGACCGAAUGUCGCCACAGCGACUACUGGUCACGGUUGAGACGGAUGGGCCGCAACAGGACACGAGUGUUGGGAGCAAUGCCAGGCGAAAGCUUUUCCAGCCGCCCGUCUCCACGUCGUCAACACCUGGGCGGCGACUGAGAGGACGAACCACCACCACAACCGUGCCUCUGCGGGAGUCGAUAGAAGAAGACGGUCACGACGGGACUACUCCGAAGCCGAAGGCACGAGGCCUGCAGCGAAAGUCGAAUGGAACUCCAAUGCCAACCACGGGGAAAAAAAGGCGCGCAGUCACUCCAGUUAGGAGAACGCCUAGACGCCUGCGAACAUUGACGAGCGCAGAUGGCGAGGAGCCGUCUUCAGAGGCCAGCGAAGAGGCCACCGUGCAGGCCACGCUCACACCGCGACGACGUAAUUUGCGCCCGCGAAAGGCUUCCGCGCCGGCACCUUCGAGCGAGGUUGGCACAGUCACCACCCCGCGGCCAUCUGCAACAAGAAGAGGGAGGCGGAGACGUCAGGCGUUGGCACCCGAUGAACUGCUCGAACUUGCUGAUGAAGUCGGAGACAUCAAUCUUGACACAACACAACUGCCACCCGUUACAAGCGAAGACGAGGUGGACCUAGUAAGGGCACCCUCGGAGUCCACGGAUGAUGCUUCUCUGGACGCGCCGGCUCCAGCUCCUCCUCCGGCCCCUGCCGUGCCAUCGUCUCCAUCACCAAACUUGGCGCUGGCUGCUGCAGAGUCCGAAUCAGACAUGUGGAUAGGAAGUGCCACGCCACGCGCUUCAACCCGAACACGAAGAGAUGUGGUACCCGAAUCCUCGCCUCGCUUCCCGACGGAAACCUAUGCAGAACCACAACUGGAUCACUUUGAGACUUCUCGAGAAGGCUACUAUGGUGAUUAUGGGUAUGCAGACCAGGUAGCAGCCGCCAGUGAUCGAUCUUCGAUUGAUCAGCCGCUUGAGGCUGAAGACGCCGCCGCGAGUGCCGCUCCGGCUGGUUAUGACACUAUUGCACAAGGCGAAGACUUCAGCAUGAUAUUCAUGGACUCAAUACCCUCCUUGCGAGCCGAUUUCCACAGCUCUGUGCAACCGGUCGAGGGAGGGGAGCUAGGCGAUGAGACCAAUCUCAUUAUCAACAACACACUGGAAUCCCUUCGACAGACUGAUCACGAUAGUCCCGCAGAAGAUGAUGAUACGGAGGGAAGCAAGAGGUUAUGGAGGAGCAGCCAGUGGAGGAGCAACCAGUGGAGGAGCAACCAGUUGAUGAGCAAGCUGUUGACGAGCAAGCUGAGCAAGCUGUUGACGAGCAAGCUGUGGCAAGCUGUUGACGAACAAGCUGUUGACGAACAAGCUGUUGACGAGCAGCCGGUUGAUGAGCAAGCUGGUAAGAGGGAGCUAGUUGAGGAUGAAGUGAUAGACAGAGAAUCAACACCAAUCCCUCAAUCGUCAUCACCGGGCAGGCCAAGCCCGAGAUGGUCACGAAGUCCUCGAAAGUCGGCUAAUUCGUCGCCACUGCGAUAUCGGGUUUUGAUGCAGAAUGCAUUACACACAGGAGGGUCUCCUGCUGUACAAACGAAACAGAUCGAUAAAUUUCAUUCAUCACCACGUUCGGAUCGCCGACUUCGAAGUGCGGACCGUUUGGAGAAAGAGGUUUCCAACCCAUAUGAGGAUUCCUUUUCUGAAAUUCCGGAAGCAGUGCUUACUGCUGCUACUCCCCGACGACCGCGAACAAAUAUGGCCUACGAUGGCUUGAAAGAAAAGGUGGACCAAGCACAGACUCUAGAGGAGGAUCACGGUGCACUGUUGCCUAAUGACGACCAGCAACAUGACGACGAACCCGCCAAAGUGGUGGAAGCGGUUGUAGGGACAGAAGAACAAAAUACUCGAACCAGCGAGGUACCUAAGCAGGCCAUGGAACAACAAGAAGAUUUCUCCCAGGAGAUUGAUGAGCCCGAAGGUGAAAAUGUCGAAGGAUCUGGAGAAGAAGACCAAGCGGAGGAAAUGGUGGUUGGAUCAGACCAUGAGGAAGAAGCGACUUCGAGGCAAGAACCGAUUCAAGAUGUCGAUGGUGGAGAAGAAAUGGGGGAGUACGACCUAGUUCAGCAGGAAGAGUCUGGGCCAGAACUUGAAUCUGCCUCAGAGCAACAGGUCCUGCCUUUCGAAGGGAAUGACGAGGAAUUUCAGGAAAGUGAGUUUGAAUAUGACGGAGAUGGGUUGGACGAUGCUGAACUAGCUGGCCUGGAAACGGAGCAGCCGCUAGCAAUGAUCCAGACGGUUGACGCUGACGAGGAAGAGGAGGCGGACGAAGAGGAUAUGGAUGCUUCACCUCAGCUGGAUGAAGAUCAUCAAGAGGACUCGGACGAAGAGAUGUCCGAUGAAGUAGAUCAAGAAGAAGACUACGAAAUUGUCGACGAAGCUGCUGCGGUUGCGGCCUCAACUGCCAGUGCGGGAGCUCAGUCUGAGCUUUCACGCUUGCCAACUCCAGACGAUACACCACCACAGCCUCAGCUUCAAGCUACGAGUGCAGAAAUGGCAUACCAAGGUUCGAGGCGACUCUCGAGUCUCCAGUUCUCGCGUAUGUCGCCUGCUCAAUCCGGGGAUACUUCUCGCGCCAUAACCGAGCAACCCCGUGAAGUUGAAGUAUCUGAAGAGCCAGAGGAUCAAGAAAUGGAGGAUGAGGUGCACCUGUAUGACAAAAACCCGGAGGGUGAUCUCUUUGUCUCAGAGGCUCGACCAGAACCUCCUGCCAUGCAUGAAACUACUCGACAGUCCCCGGAAGCGACUCCUCCGCAACACAACUCGUCACCCGUUCAAGAGCCUGCAUCCCUUCAGCAUGAGACUUUGCUGGACAAGACGUCACGGCCUCAUCUCUCUACGAUUAUACGAGCGGGGCGUGUCCUUCAGAGCGUCACUUCGGAUCCCCCGUCUCCUGAAGGACGUGAGAAGCAACUCGGCAGCCCAUUCAGACGUUCUGGCAGCAAGGAUUCGUGGACAGGCUCAAGAGACAGCCAGACGAGUCGUCGAAUGAGCAGAAGCCCCUUGCAGAACCGAGGUGCUGCCCCGACUGGAACGGAACCAGACAACCAGGCCCAACCAGAGACUUCCAGUUCUGCAUCAAGGAACCCGAUAUACCCUAGUUUUCUCAGCCCAGUUCGUCUCAGCAAAGAACCGUCUGUGGAGCGGGAUAGGUCAGACAGAUCUCUAUCGAGACAGUCAUCGGCAAGCUCGAUGCAUAUUACGCCCCCGAGCGAUGGAGCCAUGAGUUGGGUCGAAAGAGAGGGUCCGAUCAGCCCGAAUUUGCGGGGGGAUAACUCUCUCCGAGAGGUAGCUGGAUUGCCAAAGCUGAGAACCGGGCUCGAGAAACUCGGUUCUGUCGAGCGAGUUAAUGCUCCUCCUGCUGAAGCUCCUGUGACCGAGCCGCCUCGAGAAUCCACACCAAGAGUCGAGGCGCCAGAGCCGGACCAGGAUACGCGAGAUGAUGAGACGGAUAUUUGGGAACUAGAGGCACAGCGAGAAACACCUCGCUCUGUCAGGCAGCAGCCCUUUGGCAAGCGUGUCCCGACAAGCAACAAUCGGCGUGGAGCGAUUCCAAGUCCCUGGACAAAACGAAGUGUUCAUCGACCAGCAAUCUCGAGGAUGAUUUCACAGGCGGUGCCAGAUCUAUCUCAUGUCACAGAGGAACCAAGUGCUGUCCCCGAUCGACCACCUCCGUCUAGCUCUCCGGAUGAAUAUUCUCGUCUUGCUCAAAGUCAGAAGAAAGAAGCCGAAGCCAAGAAUGCAGCCAACGCUCCUGAAUCAGGCAACAGGGCUACCAAGUUCGACCUCUCCUCUUUCUUCUCUUCACCGGCAGCAAUCCCGGGCAUGCUAGCUCAGAAAUUCAUGCUAGCAAGAAAGACCCAAUCCACCGCUCAAUCCGCACAGCCUUCCAUGUCCAUGGCCGGGCAGGCUCCUCCUGUGGUGCCCACAAACUCCAUGUUUCCGCAGAUCCCUCAGAAGGAUCUCCGGCCUGACAGCAGCAACGGAAGCGGUCUAUUCUCGCCAGCUCGGCUCAGGGAGCCGUCGUCACCUUCUGAACAGCAGGAACAAACUCCCGAGCCGCAAGAGCAGCAGCCAAGCUCCGAGGCCGAAAGGUCACCGCCCCCGGCGACGCCAGAGCAAGCCUUCAGGCCAACCGUUGCCCAAAAGCAAAAUUUCACCCCUCGACCGGGUCAAGCAAGCAGCUCGUUCUUUCGUUCCUCUUCCAAUCCUUCUGCGGCCGUCACCCCUCCCAGGAUGCAGCUCUCCCACGCGGACAUCCACAGAUGGACACAACAAGCGUCCAACGCCAGCGAAGCCUCGUCCGGCUUCCAGCGUCCCCUUCUCCGCCCCUUGCCACCCAAGACUGCGUUCCCCACAAAGUCCAGCCUUCGGUCCCCUCUCAAACCCCGCACGCCCGGCCGCGUGGUCGAAUUCACCAGCUCCGUCCUCUCGCCGGCCGAGCAAGCUAAAGCCCGCCUGGAAGACCGCUCAACACACUCCAACUCCAUACUCUCGCAGGACUUGUUUGCUCCUCCACCCCACCAGCCCAUUGUUCAAGAUGACAAGGAAAACGCCUCGAUGGAGGACGUCUCCAUGGAAGACGCCCCGUCUCCCACCAAGCUUCGCACUCGAGAACCCUUGUCCCAGACAACCUGGUCCCGCCAGCACUGGCUUCUGCUGGACGAACUGUUGCAGUAUCGUCGCUCAUCGCCAUUUCCCGUGAAUUACACCCGUGGAGCGGAUCAAUAUCUCGGGAAAACAGUUAAGAGCUACGGCGAGGCCAUGACUCUCGACAGAUGGCAUCUGGACGUCGUGGACGCCUUCAAGGCAGAGGUCGGCGGCUGGGACGCAGACGUCCUGGCAAAGAGGCUCUUUGCCCUGAUUCUUGGCGAGGCGAGACGCAUGGAAGCCAGAGGACCCGUCGAAAGGAGAGUCGUGUUUUCCUCAUGA